ACACACACACACUCUGAUAAUCACACACAGAGGGACACGCGCUUGUGUACACUCACGCUCCCCCUCCCGCUAUCCUUUCAGUGACUGCGCAAGACUGGGCUCCUUGAUUGCAGCCAGCCCUUGACGUAUGGGACAGCAGGCUCAAGUAUUACAGCCCGCCAGAGCAGUGGAGCCUUGCAGGACUCAGAGGCGAAAUCACUGCCCGCUUAGACGGUCUAUAUUUAAUUAGAGGUGAUGGGACAGCCGGGGAACCCUGGACGGGCUACUCUGUGGGGCUACAGAAAACAUCUCAUCCGAGGGAACUCUGUCCCGGUGGACGCCAUGAGGACAAAGGACCUGUCCCUGAGACAAGACCCCGACCUGAGGAAGGAGCUGGCCAUGCUGGCUCGGGGAUGCGACUUUGUACUGCCUUCACGGUUUAAGAGGAGGCUCAAGGCCAUCCAGCAAGGACAGCAGGUCCAGCCUGGGAAAGAGGAGACCAUCUCACCAGAGAUCAGCGAAAACAUUCCCAAGUUCUACUUCCCUGGAGGGAAGCCCAAAGAGAACCUCAACAUUAACGCUCACAUAAUCAGAAUCCAGAAAAUAUUUUCACAGUUCCCUAAUGAAAAAGCAUCUAUUGAGGACAUGGGGAAGGUAGCCAAGGCCUGUCAGUGUCCCCUGUACUGGAAAGCCCCAUUGUUCCAUUCCACUGGAGGAGACAAGACGGGGUUUGUGUCUGUUCACAACUUCACUGCAAUGUGGAUAAAAAUGUUACAGACUUGCCAUGAUGAUGCAUCCAAGUUUGUUCAUCUUCUGGCCAAGCCUGGCCGUUGCUAUCUGGAACAAGAGGACUUCAUCCCAUUUCUGCAGUGUCUUGCAUUGCAGGACGUGGUAAACUCACAUGCCAGUCUGGCAUUUCUAAAGAAAGCAUCUGAUUUCCACUCUCGGUACAUUACCACGGUAAUCCAAAGAAUAUUUUACAAUGUAAACCGAUCUUGGACAGGAAGGAUUUCAAGUUCAGAACUCAGGAGGAGCAAUUUUUUGGAGAACGUGGCCCUGCUGGAAGAAGAGACCGAUGUCAACCAGCUGACUGACUACUUCUCCUAUGAACAUUUUUAUGUUAUUUACUGCAAGUUCUGGGAGCUUGACACAGACCACGAUCUCUACAUAAGCCAAAGUGAACUGGCUCAGCACAGCCACCAAGUCUCGCGUAAAAUUAUUGAGAGAAUAUUCUCUGGGACUGUAACCAGGAACAAGAGGACAUCCAAAGAUGGAAGAAUGAGCUAUGCAGACUUUGUCUGGUUCCUCAUAUCGGAAGAGGACAAGAAAACUUCUACCAGCAUAGAAUACUGGUUCCGCUGCAUGGACCUAGAUGGCGAUGGGGUCCUGUCCAUGUACGAGCUGGAAUACUUCUACCAGGAGCAGUGCCACAAGCUGGAGAGCAUGUCGAUAGAGCCUCUCCCUUUCGAGGACUGUCUCUGCCAGAUGCUGGACCUUGUCAAUCCCCAGACCCAAGGAAAGAUCACCCUUUGUGACCUAAAAAGGUGCAAGAUGUCCCAUGUCUUCUUUGACACUUUCUUCAACAUUGAGAAGUACCUGGAGCAUGAGCAGAGGGACCCGUUCUCAGGACUGAGGGACCAGAGCAAUCCUUACGCGUCAGACUGGGAGAAGUAUGCUUCUGAAGAAUAUGACGUCCUGCUGGCAGAGGAAAUGGCCAAUGAACAGGAGGAUAACGGGAACGUUUACCGAACGUUGCGAUUAAGGUAUGAAAAUACUCAUAACCCAGUAAACCACCGCAUGUUGGCUUCUGACGAUGAACAGAAGGAUCUCUGGAUCAAUGAUAAGAUGACUGGAUUUGUUGCCAUGGAAAGCCGUUGCACUGAACAAUGGGACCAAGAAGCAUUUUCCCCGAGGAGCCACGUGUUGAAGGAGCAGCAAAGGUCUUGUACAAUAGAUAGUGAUGAUGUAAUUUUUUUUAUACAAGUCAAAGUGAACAUCCAUGUGUUCAACCACCACAAAUUAACAGCACAGAUUCGCUAUGGUCAUUCCUUAGCAUGGUCAUUGUAGCAUACGAAAUGCUGUACCAUUUCACAGAACAAUAUUUCACUUACUAAAAUGCACACCUCCGCGUGUAUGGAAGCUACUGACCUGCUAUAUUUGAAUUUUUAACAUUAUAAUAUUAACAAAACGUACCAGUGGCAAUAUGCAUGAAGUUAAUUUUAAAGCAGUAAAGGUCUUUUUGGUAAAGUUCUUUUAAAAAUGUGGUGCCUUACAUAAUAAUUGUCAAAGGUGAAUAUUUUCCCAUAAUUAUUUUUUACAACUUUUUUUAUUUCGUGAAAUAUUAUUAUAGACAUUCAUAAAAGGAGCACCGGUUACAUUCCUGCACUUUCGCAAAUCAUUCUGCAAUAUUUUGUCAUUUUAUAUCUGUAAAUUUUUAAUUUUAUCUUCUUUAAGAGAAGUAUAGAUUUUAAAUUUUUAUAUAGAUCGUUUUAUUCUAUGCCAACCGGAGGCCUAUAUGACAAAAUAAUAUGGACAGUGACAUUUCAAGUAAAUAUUUAAAACUAUAUAAUAUUUGUAGACUGUGUAGGGUUUGAAGUUCCGCAGAACUGGCCUGAUGCGAGGUUUUGACCUGAAGCUGGUCGGAUCCAGUUUUGGUGAUAUUGGGUGAAGGGCCUGUUUGGACAGUAGUUCUCACAUUCUCCUCAUACUGUGUAUUUAGAAGCGUUUCCUGUAUAAAAUGUUCUAUACAGCAACACAGCUGAUGCCCAUACCUACAAAACAACACUGCGUGCAGUCAGAAUAUCGUUAAUUCACUGCAUUUUUCUGGUGAUUUAGACCCACAGAAUCCUUAAAGACAGUUAAUAGUUUGCAGGCCAAACACACAGCCAGCAUUUGACUGCCCAUAGACUUUUGGGUUUUAGAUAGUAAUCAUUGUCAUGACAGCGCACCUGUGAAUCGGCAAGCUACUGUAAGCUACAGGUAGUCAAGUUAAAUAUGAACUUUGAGGUAUUUACACAUCUCAUAAGCAUAUACUGGACAUACUGUUUCCAUUCUGCCCUUUUUAUCAACAAGAGCUGAGUCUUAUUUGCAUUCCAAAAAAGUUUUACUCAUACAUAAUGACCUCAUGAACUGAGAUACUUUGUGUGACUCUACUCUUAAUACCCACAAACACGCAUCUGAAUCUUCUUACAAGUUAUGUGACUGGAGAUUAUUUUAAAUAAAAAAGAAUUUCUCAUUAA